UUUGCGGCAGAGGCGGUCGCGUGUCUAUGGUGCUGAAACUGCUCGUGCUUCAGUUGUUGCUACGAGCAUCCCCCGCGAGCAUCGUUACUCUCGCAACCGAGCUAGCUUUCUUCGGCGAAUUCCGACAAUGUCUCCACCACUCACCGUCGUAUUUGGGUCUAAAUAACCAUUUGACGUUCGUACAACUUUUACAUCGCGGCAAAUUCUUUCGUGGCGGGUCUUAGCCUACGAAGUAGCCGAACCGCAUCCUUUAUGCACAGCACGGUGCUUCAGUCCUCCGAGCACCAUGGUCCCCUCCAGCCCCGCUCACUAGGCAGCAUGGAAACCAAGCAACACCCGAUAAAGAGCCUCAAAAGCUAUCCGGAGACCGGCGGCCGGAGUCUGGCAGCGGCUGCCGGUGGCGGAGGAGGAGACGGAGGAGAGGCAGGCGGUUGCCGAGUCGGCGUCUCAACGGAAACGGAGAUGGAGACGAAGAUUCAGAAAGCCGUCGACUUCAAGGCGGAGGGCCACCGCUGCUAUAAGGAGAAGAAAUUCCGAGAGGCGAUCGGCAAAUAUCAUCGGGCGCUCCUGCAGCUCAAAGGGGUCCACGUAGCCGACGGGACGACCGGCGGCUCCGAAGUCAACCUGCUGAGCCAACAAGAUGCCGCCAAGCUCACGGAGGAGCAGCGGAGAGCCGUGGAGAGCACCGAGAUCGAGUGCUACGACAGCCUCACAGCAUGUCUGUUGCAGUCCGAGCUGGUCAACUACGAGCGAGUGAAGGAAUAUUGUCUGAAGGUCCUGAGUCAUCAGAGGGACCAUUUCAAGGCCAUGUACCGCGCCGGCAUUGCCUUCUACCACCUGGGCGACUACGAAUGUGCCCUACGCUACCUGAGAGAUGCCAAGAAUCGCGAGCCUGCAGAUACCAACGUGCUGCGCUACAUCCAGUUGACGGAGAUGAAGAUGAGCAAGAGCGGCCAGCGGGAGCGAGAGCUCGGCAAAGAGACGCAAGGCUGACCUGCCCUUCCUUGUUUGGGGUCCUGCACCAACCUCCAACCCAGUCCAACCUUACUCCAUCCUCGCCAUACUCUCACGGACCCUCCGCAGCAAGGGCACAGUUGUAAGAGACGAUCUGAACUUGCUGUUUUUCCAACUCCCUCAUGCCUGUUUGUCCCUCUGGUGCUGUGGCUCUUUUUUCUUUGACAAAAAAAAAAGAUU